GAUACAUAUAUACACCUAAAAAGUAUAUGCUUUUGAUUAGCAGAAAGUGUAAGCAUUUUAUGCUGAGAUUUAAAGUAGACUUGAAUCGCCAUUCUUCGCGUAAUAAACCCUAGAAUUUCUGUGUCUAUCUCAUUGCUUGUUGCUGUUAAAAUGGAUGAUAAUUUGCAGGAACAGAACAAGCUUCCUGAGCUCAAACUCGAUGCUAAGCAAGCGCAAGGGUUCCUCUCAUUCUUCAAAACCCUACCCCGUGACCCUAGGGCUGUUCGAUUCUUUGAUCGCCGGGAUUAUUACACCGCUCAUAGUGAGAAUGCAACUUUCAUUGCAAAGACAUAUUACCAUACUACUACUGCUUUACGACAGCUGGGUACUGGGUCUGAUGCUAUUUCUAGUGUUAGCAUAAGUAAAAACAUGUUUGAGACCAUUGCCCGUGAUCUUCUCUUGGAGAGAACAGACCAUACUCUUGAGCUGUAUGAAGGGAGUGGAUCGAAUUGGAGACUAGUGAAAAGUGGAAGCCCUGGAAAUCUAGGCAGUUUUGAAGAAAUUUUGUUUGCCAACAAUGACAUGCAAGAUUCUCCUGUGAUUGUUUCCCUCACUCCAAAUUUUCGUGAAAAUGGGUGCACUAUUGGGAUGGGCUAUGUUGAUCUUACAAAGAGAGUGCUUGGAUUGGCUGAAUUUCUUGAUGACAGCCACUUUACAAAUGUGGAGUCUGCUUUAAUUGCUCUUGGUUGCAAGGAAUGCCUUUUGCCUGUGGACAGUGCUAAAUCCUCAGAAUGUAAACCUUUACACGAUGCAUUGUCAAGAUGUGGCAUGAUGGUAACAGAGAGAAAGAAAACUGAGUUUAAAGGAAGGGAUUUGGUGCAGGAUCUUGGUAGGCUUGUCAAAGGUUCUAUAGAACCAGUUAGAGAUUUUGUAUCUGGGUUUGAAUUUGCUCCUGGGGCAUUGGGUUCAUUGCUAUCUUAUGCAGAACUACUUGCUGAUGAGAGCAAUUAUGGAAGUUAUAGUAUUCGACAGUACAAUCUUGACAGCUACAUGAGAUUAGAUUCUGCUGCCAUGAGGGCUCUAAAUGUUAUGGAGAGCAAAACUGAUGCUAACAAAAAUUUUAGUUUGUUUGGACUCCUGAAUAGAACCUGUACUGCUGGGAUGGGUAAAAGAUUGCUGCACAUGUGGCUAAAACAGCCUUUAUUAGAUGUGAAUGAAAUCAACUCCAGGCUAGAUUUGGUACAAGCAUUUGUGGAGGAUACUGCUCUUCGCCAGGAUUUGAGGCAGCAUUUAAAAAGAAUUUCUGAUAUGGAGCGAUUGAUGCGCUAUCUUGAGAAGAGGAGAGCUGUCUUACAGCAUAUUGUAAAGCUUUAUCAGUCCAGCAUUAGACUUCCAUACAUUAAAAGUGCCUUGGAAAGGUAUGAUGGGCAAUUUUCAUCACUAAUUAAGCAAAGGUAUCUGGAUCCCUUGGAAUUUUUGACUGAUGAUGACCACUUGAAUAAGUUCAUUGGCCUUGUGGAAGCUUCUGUAGACCUUGAUCAACUUGAUAAUGGGGAAUACAUGAUUUCUUCCAGUUAUGACCCAAAAUUAUCUGAACUCAGGGAUGAGCAAGAAUCAUUGGAACAGAAAAUACACAAUUUGCAUAAACAAACUGCUAAUGACCUUGACUUGGCAGUAGAUAAGGCUCUAAAGUUAGACAAGGGCACACAAUUUGGACAUGUCUUUAGAAUUACAAAGAAGGAAGAGCCAAAAGUAAGGAAAAAGCUCAAUACCCAAUUCAUUGUUCUUGAAACUCGAAAGGAUGGGGUGAAGUUUACAAAUACAAGGCUUAAGAAGCUAGGGGAUCAGUACCAGAAGAUACUUGAUGAGUAUAAGAGUUGUCAAAAAGAGUUGGUUGCCCGAGUAGUUCAAACUGCUGCAACUUUCUCUGAGGUCUUUGAGUCAUUAGCUGUGUUGCUUUCUGAAUUGGAUGUCUUACUUAGUUUUGCUGAUCUGGCUGUUAGUUGCCCCACUCCCUACACACGACCGGACAUCACCACUUCAGAUGUGGGAGAUAUUGUAUUAGAAGGAAGUAGACAUCCUUGUGUCGAGGCACAAGAUUGGGUGAAUUUUAUACCAAAUGAUUGUAAACUAGUCAGGGGAAAAAGUUGGUUCCAGAUUAUCACAGGUCCUAACAUGGGUGGAAAAUCCACAUUUAUCAGACAGGUAUUAUGUUUCUCUUUUGCUGGAACUCUGCUUUCUCUAUCCAUCCCUCGCAAGUUAAAUAGUGGACUUUUCGUUUUUUUUGACUCUCAUUACGUGCUCUCGCUCUCUCUCAAACAGCUACGUGGGGUUUCUACCUUCAUGCAAGAAAUGCUGGAGACUGCUGCAAUUCUGAAAGGAGCUACUGACAAGUCACUAAUAAUCAUUGAUGAGUUGGGCCGGGGAACAUCAACAUAUGAUGGAUUCGGUUUGGCUUGGGCCAUCUGCGAGCACCUUGUUGAAGUCAUUAAAGCACCUACUUUGUUUGCAACCCAUUUUCAUGAACUCACUGCAUUAGCUCAUGAAAAUGCCGACCAUGAGACUUCAAAGAAAAUUGUUGGUGUGGCAAAUUAUCAUGUCAGUGCACACAUUGACUCAUCAAGUCACAAGCUGACUAUGCUUUACAAGGUUGAGCCAGGCGCUUGUGAUCAAAGUUUUGGUAUUCACGUUGCUGAAUUUGCGAACUUUCCUGAAAGUGUGGUCAGCCUUGCUAGAGAAAAGGCUGCAGAGUUGGAAGAUUUCUCACCUAUCACUAUCAUUGCAAAUGAUACUAAACAAGAUGUGGGAUCUAAACGGAAGAGAGAGUGUGACCCUGACGAUAUGUCUAGAGGUGCUGCCCGGGCUCGUCAAUUCUUGAAGGAAUUCUCUGAAUUGCCACUAGACAAGAUGAACGUGAAGGAGGCUUUGGAUCAAGUACAUAAAUUGAAGUACGACAUGGAGAAGGAUGCUGUGAACUCUCUCUGGCUUCAGCAAUUUCUCUAGUUUGUCCAAAAAAUGUUGUGUUUGUCCUAAAAAUGUGAGGCAAUGGUUACCUGCAAUCACGGGUCUGACUCUUGCUAAAUUUAUCCUCUUUUGCAUCUUCUGAGUGUAAGUCUUCAGUGCAACCGCGUGGGCCUUGGCUUUAGCUCAUCUGUUUCUUUCUUUGCAGAGAAUUGGUGAUCUUGGGAUGCUUUUUGGAUAGGUUAUCACUGAGUCUGAAAUGAGAAAGCCGAGGCAAUUUUCUCAGUCUUGCACAGUAAUGGGUGGUUUGUGUAUGUAUAGCUUCUUAAAUGUUAUGUCGUUUGUUAAUGGCUAAUGUGGUUUCUCACUGGUAUAAUAGUGAGUUUUUUGGUUUAAUGUCAAUGUGGUGAUAUUAUUUCCUUGAAAGAAGUUGUCUGACACUAAUGGGCUAGAGAAAUGAUAUUGUGAUCGAAGACUUGAGCAAUGCCAUCUUAUCAAAUGCCAUGGCAAUGACGUCCAAUUGAGGACCA